CGACCCCGCGUCUUGGGAGCUUGUUCGUGAACAUAAAGUAGAACCACAGGUUGUUCCCGUCGUUGUCACAUACCUCACGCUAGGAUGUCGACCACUGAAGUUUUCUCAGCCACCUCAGCUUACUCGCUGACUGUCUUUACGACUUAUAUCAUCAUAGCUUAUACUGGUGCCAAGACGCUUCUUCCCAAAAAUGCGCGUUGGCAGGAUAUUGUCACGUUCGUCUAUCUGGCAUUUGAUGCCCUGAUCCACUUCACGUUUGAGGGGUCUUUCCUGUAUCUCUCUACAUUCGGCAGGACUGUAAACUCGAGCACUGGACCUGCUGCGGCUCUGUGGAAAGAAUACGCUGCUGCAGAUGCGCGCUGGGGUGUCUCCGAUCCCACGGUUGUUUCGCUUGAGAUCCUCACUGUCAUUGGUGUUGGCUUGUUGUGCUGUCUCGCGCUCAAGCAGCUUGUAAACGACGAUCCCGCCAGGCAUUACUGGAUCAUUGUCUUGAGUACUUCGGAAUUAUAUGGCGGAUGGAUGACCUUUUGCCCCGAGUGGCUUACUGGAAGUCCUAACUUGAAUACAUCUAACGCUUUGUACCUCUGGUGCUACCUGGUCUUCAUGAAUAUCAUCUGGGUUAUCAUUCCCAGUUGGCUUAUGUGGGAUUCUUACCAGCAUAUCACUGGUUCUCUGCGCCAGACUCAAGCUAUUGCGAGGGCAAAGAAAGACUGAAUAUCUGGGCUACCUUGCGCUGGGACUGAGGUCGUAUCUACCGUUCAUAUGACUUUUGUGCUGAUACCCUCCUUACAUAAUGGUAAUAAAGAGCGUAUUUUCAGUAGUUUGCACUCAACGCUAGUAUGCGCCAAACAAGGGAUAUCCGUGCAUUCCUUCCUAGUUGUGCUAAGAUAUGGAAACAUUGCAACAAUUAUCAUAGUUCAUUGUCCCGAGAGUUAAAGUCCGUGGAAGCGCGAAUUCAGAUGGUACGAGAGGCCACGGUCACGUCUAAGCGUCAACAAUGGUAAACUCAGGGCUAGCGUUGCCGGAAUCUCCGAACAAGACGAGAAUGCAUUGGAACAUGUGGAAAGGGUUGAUUUCAGGGACCUUUACUUCAACCCAGCCUUGGGAGAGAGGGAAGUUAACAGCGAUCGGGUCCUGGAUAUCGAGGUUCUCGCUGUUGUUGAACUUCUGACCGUAAAGGAUGAGGCCAGUCAUGUUGGCCUUGUCUGCGGGAACGGAGGAAGCGUCCCAGGUGACAUUCUGAGUCGAACCAGCGGUCCAGACGGUGCCCGCCUUGGGGUAUGUGAUAGCAGGGCUGAUCACGUCGAGUUGGACCGGCUUUACGGGCGCAGCGCCGACAUGAGAAGCAACGGCAACCAGGAGGGUAAAGAGAAAGGCGGUAAGCAAAGAGAACAUCAUGGAGUCAAACGUAAGCUUAAACGCGAACGAAGAGUUGCUGAACGAAUGGAGUAGUGCUGAAGAGCAGUGG